AUGACUACCAUCAGCAGCAAGAAAUCUAGACUCUGGUCUAUCGAUAACAAGCACAACUUCACCACUAUUACCAACCAUAUUGCGAUCAAAAUUGACCUUGAGAUCUAUGGGUCAUUGUCUCAUGCUCAGUCGGGCUUUAAUGGAAGUCCAAAUGCUACAGUGAAUGGGCACUUAACAGAAAGACGAGCGGAAGUGUUUUUGGAGAUGGUGGUAGUUGCAUUGACGAUUGGAGGAUGGUUUGCAUCUGUGCUUAUCAGUAAGGUAAUCGACAAGCUUAAAUCUUAUUUGGAGGACAACCACGAUUUGUACGCAGAUAUGAAGAAUAGACUGGCAACUCUGGAAGUCGCUCUUCCACGGAUCGAGACUGCGAUCAAUUUAUCUGAGGCAAGGCCAAUCAAGGAUCCGGAUCUUGUAGCAUGGCUGAGGCAUCUCAAAGAUGCUGCGUACAGUGCAGACGAUAUGCUCGAUGAUUUGGAAGCGAGAUUCCUCUAUGACCGGUUGAAGAGUGAAAAUAAGGUGCGUGCUUUUACAUCCUCUAAGCUGGAGACUUUCAAGCGUACAAUUUUGAGCGAUGAUGAUCUCAAAAAUUUGAAGAAUCUUACUCAACAUCUUAAAGAAAUUUAUGAUGAUAUUAACAGCAGGCUACCAGAGCUGAAUAAUUACAUUGGAAAUAUGAGAUCUGCAACCAGGAAGAACAGGCCCUUUUCAACCCCUCACGAAGUGAUUGGACGGAAUACAGAGACAGAUAAUGUAGUAAAAGUGUUAUUGAGUUAUAGAGGAGAGGAGGGGACUAGUAGUGCUUCGGGUUUUGUUGUCCUUCCCAUAGUAGGCAUAGGUGGUGUUGGCAAAACUACACUGGCAAGAGAUAUUUUUGAGGAUGAGAGGCUUUUGCCUAAUGACAAAAGUCAAGAGAAUCAUUUCCCACUACGUGCAUGGUUGGAAGUGUCUAACAAUUUUGAUAUUAAAGAGAUUGCAAAUCAGUUGCUAUCCAUUCUCUCACAAAAUAAAAGUCUUAUCUCAGAAAUAGUAGAUGAUCAUCGUUAUGCUAAUGAUAGUUUAGAUUGCAUGUUAAAGAAACUUGAGAACAUGACAACAAAUCGGAGAUUUUUAGUUGUCCUCGAUGAUGUAUGGAAAGUGGACAAAGAUGAUUGGAAAACACUAAAGAAAGCCUUGGAAUGUGGAGCAAGGGGAAGCACUGUAUUGAUAACAACUCAAUAUCAAAAAGUAGCCACAAACACGCAGACUGUGAACUUUGUAAAAUUAGAUGUUCUAAAGGAAUAUGACUAUCAGAAACUUAUAGAACAAUCCGCAUUUGGUGAUCAAAUUCUUGAGGAACACAAAAGGAAAGAAUUACAACAAAUUGGUAGAAAAAUAUCUAAAAUUCUACAAGGCUUACCUCGGGCAGGAAAUGCAUUGGGGAAUCUGUUAAGUUCCAAUCUGGAUUCAAAUCACUGGAAUACAAUCUCGAAUAGUGAAUGGUGGGAACAUGAUGCUGUUUUAGAAGAUGUACUACCAUCUCUAGGAUUGAACUAUCAGAACCUAGAUGCAAGUCAGAAAUUGUGCUUUGCUUACUGUUCCAUAUUUCCCAGGGGUUACAUAUUUCAGGAAGAUCGGUUGGUACACAUGUGGAUGGCUCAGGGUUUUAUCCAGCCCAAGACCGGGGGGAGAAUGAGAAUGGAGGAUAUAGGGAGGCAGAUAUUUGCUGAACUUGUAGAUAGGAAUUUCUUCCAAAAUGUAUCUGAAAAGGAGUAUGUGAUGCAUGAUAUAAUUAGAGAGUUGGCAGUAUAUCUUUCUUUGGAUGAAUGUUUUGUGAUCAGUGAUGAGACUGAAGAAAUUCCACCUAAAGUGCGCCACCUAACUGUCAAGACUAAUAGAUUGGACGCAUUUAGGGAUUUGAGCAGGGUUCGAAACUUGAGAACCAUUUUAUUCUCUGGCAAAUACAAAACAGAGGAAUUUUAUUCAACUUUGAAGGACAUUUUAAAAUAUUCGAAAAGCCUGCGGGUGUUGGAUUUAUCUGACAGUCAAACAGAAAUCAGCAAACUGCCAAAUGCUAUUAGUAAUUUGUUGCAUUUACGGUACCUAGACAUUUCUAACACUAAAAUCUGUUUAUUGCCCAAGUUAUUUCGUAAGCUUUGCCAUCUACAGGUGCUGAUCUUGCAACAGUGUCCAUUUAAUGAGUUACCUGAAGGUAUGAACAAAUUGAUCAACUUGCGCCAUUUAUGUGCAGAACCUAAGAUAGUUUCUCUAAUAUCUGGAAUUGGAAAACUUACUAGCCUUCAAGAACUAAAGGAAUUCCAUGUCAGAAAGAAGAAGGGUCACAAGAUAGAAGAACUAAGAAAGCUAAAGGAACUUCGAGGACAGCUACUAAUUCAGAAUCUUAAGAAUGUUAAUAGCAAGGAAGAGGCCAGAGAAGCAAAACUGACUGAAAAGAAGCAUCUUGAUGCAGUACAUCUUUAUUUUGAGAUAGAGGAUGGACUAGAGACUGGAUCUGGCUUCAUUUUAACAAGAACACACAAAGGAUUUUCAAAAAGCAAAAAUACACCUAAUUUGGAAGGGUUACUUGAAGGCCUUGAACCUUGUUGUGAUAUCAGUGAGCUAGGAAUCAAGGGUUAUGAUAGCGCUACCUUUCCAAGAUGGUUGGUCAAUAUAGAACAUUUCACUAGUCUAAGAUCUAUUCAUCUAAGUUCUUGUAACAAGUUUACAAGCCUCCCACCUCUUGGACAACUUCCCUUUCUCAUGAUCUUGCAUAUUGAAGCAUUGUCUGAACUGAGAAAAAUUGAUGUUGAACUCUAUGGCAAUGUUCAUGAGGUGUUUCCAUCUUUGGAAGAUUUGAGACUACAAAACUUGGAGAAAUUUGAGGAAUGGUCAGAAGUACAAGGCCGAAAGUUAUUUCCUUGCCUCAAAAAACUCUACAUACAGAAUUGUUUGAAGCUGACAAAAAUGGCCCUUCUCACACUAAAGUUGCCAAUUAAAGAGCUCAAAAUCAACUCAUGUGGUGACCUUGGCAGCGCAUUACCUGAAUGUCUACAAAGAUUCACUUUGCUCACCAUGUUAAAGAUUUCUCAUUACCCACAUGUGACAUCUCUUUCUUUGUCUAACCUGGUUGCUCUUAAAACCUUAUGCCUUUCAAACUGCCCAGAGCUUAGUUUCCAAGGGGAUUCACAGUCUCUCAGUGAUCUGAAGCAAUUAGAGAUUAAAGAGAUUAUAGAAUGUCCAAAGCUGAAAUGA